AUGUGUAACACAUGCCUUGAGAAUCACAACAAAUGGCCGCCUCAUGUCAAGCAUAGAGUUGUGAGAAUAGAAGACGUCAGAGAGGGAAGGGUGGUCCUCGAAAAAGAGGUUUACUGCCAGGAACACAAAGCAGAUAAACAAAAACACAUCUGUACUGAUGUGUGUGUCACCUGUAAGAAGUUCAUCUGCUUGAGAUGUAGGUUGCUGAGUCAUGAGAAUCAAGGCCACACAGUUCGGAAUACUGAGGAAUACAAUGCUUCUACCGAGACACAUAUUGAAUCUUUACAAUGCCGAGUUGAGACGAAAGUUACAACCAUCAAGAAUCACGUGACCUGCAUCAAAAAUCAGAAGGAGCGUGUCACUAAUCACAUUGCCGGAAAAAGGGCGAAAAUCAAUGAGAGUUAUAAAAAAUUACUCAAGAAAUUAGACGAGAGGAAAGCAGCAUUAGACAAGCAGUUGGACGCUCAGGAAGAGAAAUUAUGUAAAAGAUUGGAUGAGAUGCAAGAUGUUGAUGAGAGUUUGAUUACGAGUAUUAAGAGUGCGAGUGUGUUAGCGGGUAAUAGCAUGAAGGCUCCAUUAGAAGGUGAUAUCAUUGUUAUCCGUGAUACACUGUCUGGUGAGCUGAAGAAUGUACUAGAAAGGGAUGAUCCAGAGAAGAAGAUUGCUACGGAUGUAGCUGAUCGUGCAGAGCAACUAACAUUCACACCCAACACUCAAUGUGAUCAGUUGAACAUUGGUGAAGUCAGGUUCUUGAAACGUGAGUUGGAAUGUGUUGUAGAACUCUCUAACAAAGACUGCAUGGAUGGCAUGGUUGCUACACCCGAUGGUAGAAUGGCAGUGGCAAACAACACAGGAGGAAUCGAUAUCUUCUCUGCUGAUGGUCAGCUGCAGAAGACAGUCCUCAAGGAUGUCAAGAUCCGUGAAGUAGGGUACCUGUCUGAUGGUCGGUAUGUCGUAGAAACUAACAACAAUGCCAUCACCCUGUACACACAGGAGUAUGCGAAGCUGGAUGUAAUGUUUGACACACUGAGUGGUGAUGAAGGUGGGAUGUGUAGUAUUACUGUAGACAGUAAUGAUCUGAUCUAUGUCGGCUACUGGAAAGCCGGGAUAAUCCAGGUGUUCUCACCAGCAGGUGGGAAGGCGAUUAGGGAGAUACCAUGCAAUGAUUAUAAUCCUAUACUGAUCAAUAGUUAUAAUGACGUAUUUAUCAUUAAAUAUGGUUAUACAAUAGCUAUAAUUGAUAAAGAUGGCUAUGUAAAACACAAGGUAGAGAAGAAAUCAAAGACUUACGCGUGCGCUGCUGUGACUCAGAAUAAUUCAAUCCUGAUCGCUUGGGUCGAUAAGGAUAAGAUGUUGGUUAGUAUCGAUGAGUACACCAGCGAGCUCAAACACGUCCAGACUCUCAUCUCUGAUCACAAGAUUGAGAAGCCUGAGGAAUACUGGUACUAUGUCCGCGAGUUCAGAUCAGGAGAGAUUGCUUUCUGCACGUCAAAAAGACUCUAUAUAUUUAAAAUAACCAUCACACCAUGCAGUCCAUGA